AUGGUGGUCCUUCCUCCCCAAAGGCUCGAUCAAAGCUUACUGGUGUCCGUAGACACUUCCUAUCAACUAGAAAAGAAACCCGAGAGGUUAUUCAGUCCUGGUUCCUUCCUAUCCACUACUCUGUUGUUGGUAGUAGCUGCCUUGGGGGCUGGUGCACUAUCCCUACCCUAUGCCAUGCUAGGCAGUGGGCUCUUGGUUGGUAUCCUAUGCUUCGUCAUUUGUGCAUGCAUUGCUGUUACCAGCAAUCUGAUCCUCUUUACUGCUGUCACUAAGACCGGUCUACACACCUAUGGUGCUGUCGUCGAUUGGGCAUUGGUCCGUCUUGGCUUCAAGAAGGCGGAUUUACUAGCAGCAGUAGGGCAGCAGGCUGAGGGGAAUGCUCCCUAUUACUCUAUAUCCCCUUUGAGGGUCUCUCCUCGACUUGCCUUCUUUGAGCUUUGGGCCUUCGUUUACUGCGUGAUGACCUGCGUGAGCUAUCUUGUAUUCCUCGGAGACUUCAUUCCUUCUAUCACUGGGUAUUAUUUACAAGGAAUAGAUCCAGAAGUGUUCCGUAAAUUCUGUAUUGUGGCCUGUGCAUAUUUGGCCAUUUACCCUAUGUCGGUAUCAAAAAGGUCUCGUCCGACCACUGUUAGGCGUACCAUCGCUAAUGUAGUAGCUGGUAUCGCGCUCUCUUCUAUUUACCUCUCUAUGGCUAUCGCAGUGUACCUGUCUUUCCUUACUGAGACUACGCCUAAUUUCAUGCAAAAUUAUGCGGCUGAUGAUCGUAUUAUAUUCGUCUGUCGUAUAGGACUGACUAUCAUGCUACUUGUUGCUGCCCCGAUGAAUCUCCUACCCGGACUGGCCGGUUUCUACAAGGCUCUCGAGCUAGGCGCGGGGGAAGGAUCGGUUGGUGAUGUUCCUGUGAGAAAUCCCUUCUUCGUCUUCUGUCGGUGGAUCGAGUUGGUUGUCGGUAUCCAGUCACUACUGAUGCAAUACGGAGCACCGUUCUUCUCUAUCACAGUAUGCACCGCUAUUGCCCUACUGGUCCCCAAUGUCGCCUCGUUUAUUGGCUCCAUGUCCUCUUAUUUGGCUGCCCCAUUGGUGUGUGGAUUCCCAGGUUUGGUGUAUGCUGCACUUCAGAAGGAUGAUGACAUCGGCAAGAAACGGUUCUUGGAGGAACUCGAGAUGAUUGGCAUCAGCGUGACUGAAGAAGUUGCCAUGUUGCUAUCUCACAAUGAGAAGGCUCGUGGGGUGCAUUUUACCGAGUUUGCUAAGCUUAUUAUUCGUGCCAAUAAGCCUCGUCAUGAAGCACCACCUCCUUCGCCGUCUCCCAGCCAGGUAUCUAACGUAUCUUGCUCGACUCACCGACGUACUGGACUACGUCGAGAGAUUCUCCGUCUUGGGGAUGAGAGUGCAUCGGCUAAGGCUCCGUUUGACAAUGACUAUGUCACUGACGAUAACAGUCCUUCCAGCCGUUCAAUAUGCUCUGCUGCUGCGUCAUCUGUCGGUAGCCGAUACAGUCACCGUAGUUAUGGGUACGAUGUCCUACGGAGAGGUCGUGGAGUGGCUUCCGCGCUGGGCGCUGACGAUGAUGAUAUUGCUGAGAUUGACGACCUGGAAGCAACUCUACGGAGUAAUGCCUCGUCGAUGCGUCACGCUGGCGAAUCGAGUCAAGGUAAGAGUGCCUACAGAGCUCUGCUUUCCGUGGCGCUCUCAUCCAACUUGGAGGCCUGUAUUGUUGCUGUACUCAGUGGAUCUAACGGGGGAGGCACGUAG